CGCGCGCGCGCGCGGAGACGUCGACGGGGCGGCUCGGGACGCCUGUACGCAGCGGGAUGGCCGAGCAUCUCCCCGGCAGCUGUAGCAACAUAUACCAGCCCAUUACUCAGUGGAUAGCAGACAAUUUCUUUGUAUGUGAAGGAUGCAGUGUGCCACGUUGUCUGCUGUAUGAAAUGUAUGUGGAGAACUGCAGACAGGAGGCCCAGACUCAAGUAAAUCCAGCUACAUUUGGAAAGCUUGUUCGGUUAGUGUUUCCAGACUUAGGAACCAGAAGACUGGGCACAAGGGGAAGUGCAAGGUAUCAUUAUGAUGGAAUACAGAUAAAGAAGAGCUCGCCCUUCUAUGCCUACUAUUGCUAUAUUUUGGCUGAGAAAAGGGAGAACAGUGGGGAGGUUUGCGGUUUUGAGAAUGCGGCAAGUUAUCAGAACAGUGGCUGCAGAAAAGAGACAAAGGACCAAGAAGCAGUUGGAUAUCCACUUCCUGAAUUCAGGAGAUUUUCUUCAUGGGAGCAGGAGCUAGAAAAGAAAUAUUCCUGUAAAAUGGUUUCUUUAUUUGCUGAUGCAUAUUGCACCCACUGCCAGGAAGUGUUGCAGAAUGUAAAAAACAAGGAUCUUGACCAGGUGGAAGAGCUCUUCACUUCUUUCUGGAAGUCUCUGAAGCCUGACGCAAUAACGUUCAUGUCCCAGGCAGAUGUUUGCCAGCUGUUUCAGUGCUAUGACAGACAGCUCUUCCAGGAAAUGGAGAAGAUUCUGCUUCAUGAUUUUCUGGAAGAUGUCUCUAUACAGUACCUCAAACUGGUCAGAUUAUUCAGCAAAAAUAUUAAAAGCUGGCUGCUUGCAACUAUGGAAGACUUCCCGCCGUUGUUGGGUGCCUCUAAAAUCAAAGAGGUGACUUUGUUUAUAAAAAGACUUCGGAGGAAGACUUACCUUGCUAACAUGGCAAAGACCAUGAGAAUAGUCUUGAACAACAGCAGGAGAGUCAAUGUUCUGAAAUCGGACAUGAACGCAAUCAUUACUCAGGAGUUUUCGGACAUUCUUGGAAGCUCGCUGCAAAUGGCAUUUAGAAAUGUGGAUGAAAUUGAAAGUGGCACAGAGCUGAAAUGCUUGAAUAAUCUGAUGUCUUCACUGGACACUUCGACAGAUAUUAGGGCUUUGCUAAAUUGUUUGUCCUCGGACCUUGAGGCUUUCGUGAUUCAGCCAAGCAAGAAUCAAGAAGAGUUCAGAAAGCUCGCUGCUAAUUUCCAGCUGAGGUGGAACUUCCUCUUGACAUCUGUCAGCAAGGCAAUGACCCUCUGUCACACUGAGAGCUUUGGCUCCUGGCAUUUGUUCAAUUUGCUUCUGCUUGAAUAUGUUAUUCACAUACUUCAAACCCAUGUGGAGGAGGAAGGAGAUGGGGCUCUGUUGACGACGGCACAGGAUACCUUGGCUCUUCAACCAGUCUGUCUUCUGGAUGAUUUUGCUGCUGAACAGCCUGAUGCCGGGGAGGCAACACCAACUCGAAUCAUUCUGACCCAGAGUCAAAGGGACAUUAACUUAAGUAGCAUUAUUCUGAAGGUCCUCAGCUGCCUAGUAGAUGCUGACACAGGCAACAAGCUUAUCCAGGUAGUUCUGGAAGACAAAGCAUCUAAAUGUUCGGUUAAAGUGAAUCUUCCUGUUGGACAGGAAGCACUUGUUACUCUAAAAGAUGGGCAGAAAUUUAUCAUUCAUACCUCUGACCCGCAAGAAGACUGCAGCAGUGCUUGGGAGGAAACGAAGCAGAUCUGAAAGACUGUUUGACGACCAUCUGCAAAAAAAAAAA